AUGGUUAUUUGCAACCUUGCUGCUAGUGCAGAUUGCACUUUGCAUAAUGGUUUAUUGAAGCAGGUCAAGCAGCAAAGGUUGACUGGAACCGGAAACCCGAAAAACGGACCGUUUUGUCCCGGUCCGGGUUUAUCCCGGUCCUUGUUAUAUGCAACUACGGUCCCGGCCCGAAGUAAGAUUUUCAGUCCCAGUUCCGGUCCCGGUCCCUAUAAAACAAUUACCGGUCCGGGCUUAUCCCGGUCCCUGUUUUGUGCAACUGCAAAACCGGCCCGAAGUGGAAUUACCGGUCCCGGUCCCGGUCCCGGUCCCUGUAAAACCUGUGCCGGUCUGGGACCGUGCCCAGCCCUAGUUGGAGCUGAAGUGAAAGAUGGAAUAUGGAAAGAAGUUAAGGAUAAUUUGCUGAAUGUUCCAGAAGGAUAUAAAACUGUAUGUUUGAGAUGUUGCAAUAGUCUGUGGAAGGAUCAUAAAAGCAAAACGAAACUCAACUUCUUUGAGAAAAACAAAGAAGAUCCAGAUAUUCUUUCAAAAGUUCCUGCCAAUAUUGUGACAGAGCAAUGGAGUGAGCUAGUUGCCUAUUGGAGUAGUGAGGAAGCUAAGAUGAUAGCAAGAAGAAAUUCUAUCAAUAGGGAGCUUCGUGGACCAGUUCAUACUACUGGUCGAAAACACUUUGCUCAAUUACGAUUUGAGGUAUUCCACUUCAUUCUACAUUUAUGUGUUUCUUCGGUAGGAGAUGAGUUUCUUCUUUUUUCCAUUUCAUCUAUAAAUUUGGUUCUUGUAUUGAAAUAUGAAAAUGUGGAAAUUUGGACUGGAAUAUAGAUUCAGUUUGCUAUUAUUUUGCAUUCGAUAGAUGGAGCAAAAUGGAGAAGAAACUGUUAAGAUGAAUGUGUGGAAAAAAGCACGAGACCAGUCAAAACCAGAAGUAGUUGAAGUCAUUGUAAGCUUUAUUUUUAGUAUAUUGUAUGAUAAUGUUUCAGUUUCUAAUUUAUAUGUUAUUUUCA